AUGUUUUACAGGCCCCCUCACCGAUCAUCAGCAGAAAAACACGACUUUUUUGUGUCCUUCCAGUCCACCAUUGCCAAUGCACUGUCAGCCUCAGGCACGACAGUCAUUCUCGGUGAUUUCAAUGCCAAACUCCGACAGUGGAACGCAACAGAUGUUGAUACGGCAGAGGGCAAACAGCUAGCAGGAUUGUUAGACGACCUUGCACUACAGCAAAUUGUCCGAAACACCGCAACGCGAUACUCAGCUACGGGUAGCCAGUCAUCACUUCUCGACCUGGUUAUCACAGACGCAGAGCAUCGUAUAUCCGACCUUGAAGUCCUAGAUCCGCUAUCAGACCACUGUCCCAUAAUCUUUAAAUAUCUCUCAGGAAAGCACACCCCAAAGCACCCGCCGCCCCGCUUUGUACCAGACUACGCGAACACUGACUUUCAAUCUCUACGACAGAAACUUUCAUCUCUUCCACUCCGGGAGUGUAUGCUCGGUGCUUCCACCAUCGAGAGUGCGUGGUGGGCAUGGGAGUCAUGCAUCACACAAGCCAUUGCCAGCUGCUUAGCGUACAGACGAGUUUCAUCUCGAAGACAGCAAACCAAGCCUUGGUUCACCCCGCAUCUGCAUCACCUUCAUCGCCAGAAGCAGCAUCUUUUCCGUGCCGCCAAGCGCCACCAAACAGUAGCAUACUGGUUAACCUACAAGGCCCAGAGGAAUGCAUAUCAGAACCAGUUACGAAAUGCCAAGACCCUGUACUUCAAGCGCCUCAGUGAGAAUAUUCACGAUGAGCAAGAUGCCCACCUUUGGUGGAAGAAAGCCAAGACACUUGCCAACAUCUCCUGUAAGAAAGAUAAAGUUCCUGACCUAACGUGUGAGGGCUACACGGCACAGAGCGAACCAGAGAAAGCAGAAAUGCUCGCGAAGACGAGCAAGCGUGCUCUCAAGCUCCUGUAUGAAGAGCUGCAGGAGGAGACGACAGUCGGCGAAGAUCUGCUAGCAGGAACCAAACCCGUCAACCAGAUAAGUCCGUUUCUUUGUGGUUUAAAGGAAUUGUUGGAAAGAACGGAAGCUAACUUGGAUGAUUUUGUUGAGAAUGUGGAGGUAUAG